CCUGGCUGGGCCUGCGCAGAGCCUCUCUCGCCGCCAUUGUUUUCUGAGGCGCUUCCCCUGGAGCCGCGAAAAGAGAGAGAGAGAGAGAGCGAGAGGACAUGAGAGUUCUCUGGAGCCACCCCUGCCGUGAUGGGAAACGAACCAGCUUCUAGUCGAUAUUAAGGCAUUUGGAAACCAAAGUGCAGUAAGGAAACCAGUCCUCUAGGAAAAAGGAUUCCUCUCAAGGGGCUGAUCUUGCUGAAUUCCUACAUUCACUUUGGAUUAUAGAGUAGAACCAUAGAGUCGGAAGAGACUGCAUGAGGCACCCAGUCCAGGCCUCUGCCGUGCAGGAAAAGCGCAAAGUACCCCUGACAGAUGAGCAUCUAGCCUCUGUUUAAAGGAGGAGCCUCCACUGCAUUUUGAGGCAGAGAGUUCCACCGCUGAACAGCUCUUACAGUCAGGAAGUUCUUCUUAAUGUUCAGAUGGAAUCUACUUUCCUGUAAUUUGAACCCACUGCUGUGAGUAAUCAGAAAGGGAAAAACAAGAAUCAAGCAUCAAUAUUGGAAUUAAAUGUACAUAACACUGCUGACAUGGAGAAGAAAGCAUAUAAAUGUAUUGAAUGUGGAAAGAGCUUUAGUUAUAGUUCAACUCUACAAACACAUCAAAGGACUCACACUGGGGAGAAACCCUUCACAUGCCUGGAGUGUGGCCAGAGCUUCACUCAUAGUUCAUAUCUACGUAAACAUCACAGGAUUCACAUUGGGGAAAAACCCUAUAAAUGCCUUGAGUGUGGACAGAGUUUUACUCGGAAGGGAAGCUUACAAACACAUCAAAGAACUCACACUGGUGAGAAACCCUACAAAUGCCUGGAGUGUGGACAGAGCUUCACUUGUAGUUCAGGCCUACAUUCACAUCAAAGGACUCACACUGGGGAGAAACCCUAUAAAUGCCUGGAGUGUGAACAGAGCUUCACUCAGAGUUCAGCUCUACGUAGACAUCAAAGGACUCACACUGGGGAGAAACCCUAUAAAUGCCUGGAGUGUGAACAGAGCUUCACUCAGAGUUCAGCUCUACGUACACAUCAAUGGACUCACACUGGGGAGAAACCCUUUAAAUGCCUGGAGUGUGAACAGAGCUUCACUCGGAGUUCAGAUCUACAUUCACAUCAAAGGACUCACACUGGGGAGAAACCCUUUAAAUGCCUGGAGUGUGGACAGAGCUUCUCUCAGAGUUCAGGCCUACGUUCACAUCAAAGGACUCACACUGGGGAGAAACCCUAUAAAUGCCUAGAGUGUGAACAGAGCUUCACUCAUAGUUCAGGCCUACGUAGACAUCAAAGGACUCACACUGGGGAGAAACCCUUUAAAUGCCUGGAGUGUGGACAGAGCUUCACUCAGAGUUCAGAUCUACAUUCACAUCAAAGGACUCACACUGGGGAGAAACCCUUUAAAUGCCUGGAGUGUGAACAGAGCUUCACUCGGAGUUCAGGCCUACGUUCACAUCAAAGGACUCACACUGGGGAGAAACCCUAUAAAUGCCUGGAGUGUGAACAGAGCUUCACUGAUUGUUCAGGCUUACGUAGACAUCAAAGGAUUCACACUGGGGAGAAACCCUAUACAUGCCUGGAGUGUGGACAGAGCUUCACUCUUAGUUCAGGCCUACGUUCACAUCAAAGGAUUCACACUGGGGAGAAACCCUAUAACUGCCUGGAGUGUGGACAGAGCUUCACUCGUAGUUCAGGCCUACGUUCCCAUCAAAGGACUCACACUGGGGAGAAACAAUAUAAAUGCUUGGAGUGUGGACAGAGCUUCACUCAUAGUUCAGCUCUAUGUAGACAUCAAAGGACUCACACUGGGGAGAAACCCUAUAAAUGCCUGGAGUGUGGACAGAGCUUUGCUCAGAGUGGAACUUUACGUUCACAUCAAAGGACUCACACUGGGGAGAAACCCUAUACAUGCCUUGAGUGUGGACAGAGCUUCACUCAUAGUUCAAAUCUACACUCACAUCGAAGGACUCACACUGGGGAGAAACCAUAGAAAUGCAUGGAGUGUGGACAGAGCUUUUCACGGAAUAAGGUAAUACAGUAGAGUCUCACUAAUCCAAGAUAAACGGGCCGGCAGAAGCUUGGAUAAGCGAAUAUCUUGGAUAAUAAGGAGGGAUUAAGGAAAAGCCCAUUAAACAUCAAAUUAGGUUAGGAUUUUACAAAUUAAGCACCAAAACAUUAUGUUAUACAACAAGUUUGACAGAAAAAGUAGUUCAGUACAUAGUAAUGUUAUGUUGUAAUUACUGUAUUUACGAAUUUAGCACCAAAAUAUCACGAUAUAUUGAAAACAUUGACAACAAAAGUGGCUUGGAUUAUCCAGAGGCUUGGAUAAGGGAGGCUUGGAUAAGUGAGACUCUACUGUACAUCAUAGAAUCAUAAGAAUUUGCUCAGAGUGGAACUUUACGUUCCAUCAAAGGAUUCACACUGGGGAGAAACCGUAGAAAUGCAUGGAGUGUGGACAGAGCUUUUCUUGGAAUAAGGUUAUACAUAGACAUCAUAGAAUUCAACCUGGAGAGAAUGGUGUUAAUUGACACAAUUGACACAUUCUAACAUGUACAAAAGCAACUCUUGCACAUUUUGGAAAUUCAAGCUCAAAGUUGGAACAUUUCAUCACAUGUGGUGUAUUGUAGGAAGAUUGAACUAAAAUAUGUUCCAUUCUGGAAGUAAACAAGGUUACGUGAAACUAGAGUUUUAUAUGCUGAGAAUGUUGGAUGAUCAAUUAGAAUGAAAGCACGGGUAGUUACUGCGAGAUACUAAAGUAAGAAUUGACAGGGAUGGAAGGAAUGUUUUAUUCCAAAGCAAAAACAAUGGCUUAUGAAGACCUGCAAAUUAGCCACAACGAACAAACUGACAAUAACAUGGGCAAAUGUCAGUUGUAAUAGGUAUUAAUUGGAAGUGUGUUAUCACAAAUAGAAGUGUUGUUAUAUUAUAUUAUCGAAAGGGAGUAGAAUAAUGAGAGAUAAAAAUUAACAGAUAGAAUGAGGCUUUUAGGCACGUAUCCCUGUCUGUCUGUUAGUUCAGUUGUGUGUCUAUGUAGGUCACUGUUUUGCUAGUGUGUUAGUUUCUGAUUUAGUUUUGUAUUUCAUGUAGUAGUUAGUUUCAUGUUCAGUUGAAGCAUUAUAAAUUAUUUCUGCCUUCCUUGUAUUGUUUUUUUUAAUUUUUUAAUUUUCAAAAAAUAGGGUGAUUUAUAAGGGUCAAAACGGCUGAAACUGGAGAGGUGGGUAGAAAUGACUGACUUAUCGAUUUUCUGUAUUUGAAAACAAAUUGUAAUGCUUAGAACCGCUAUUGUGAAUUGUGAUGCAUGUUAACUAUAUAACUAUAUACAAUUGAUUAUAGACAUAUAAUUGACAUUGAAUCAGACAUGUAUACAAUAAAUUAGUCUUGAUGUAUCAAGGAUGUGUGUGUGUGUGUGUGUGUGUGUGUAAGGAACUGGAGUGUUUGUGUGGGUGCUUGUGAAGAACAGAAGAAACAGGCCUCAAAAGAAAAUGGAGUCCACGCAAAGUCUGACAUGGGAUGGACUUGGCGGGUGAAGCAAGGAAUCAGCAAGGCGUCUCUCACCUGGCAAGACGGAACGAGGGUCCAGGAAGGCCUAUCCGAAUAACCACGGGCAAUGAAGUGUGCAGCUGGCACCCCAUACGUCAUGCAGCCUGAGACUGAGCAUGUUUUGAAACCAGGCCGUAAGAACAGAAGGAACCGAAAGAAGGACGAAACUUUAGGCCAGGGGUCCUCAAACUUUUGAAGUGGGGGGCCGGUUGACGGUCCUUCAGACUAUUGGGGGGGCUGGACUAUGGUGAAAUAGUCCAAAAUUAGGAUUGUUGUUGUUGUGUGCCUUCAAGUCAUUUCAGACUUAGGACAACCCCAAGUCUAAAGUUCAGGACAGGGGCCAGGUCAAUGACCUUGGGGGCCGCAUCUGACCCACGGGCCUUCGUUUGGGGACCCCUGCUUUAGACUAUCAAAUGCAGGGGCCUCAAAGAUCCAGCACGCUUUCCGGAACCGCCGAGACCACGUCUGUCAGGAGAACGUGAUCACCUCUUCCGAGCAGGGCCUGUGCGUGAGAAUAUGGAUGUAUGGGUCUGCGUGUGGGUGAGAGCUCUCUCGGGAUGUGAUUUUGAUAGGAUUGUGAUGUGAUUAUCAAUAAAUGUUACAAUGAAAGUGUUAAAACCAAA